AUGAUGCAAGUUCCUUCUGGAAUGCAGCUCAUGCAGAUUCCAACUCAAGGUGGCGGCACUGUUACUGUCCCGUAUUCUAUGAAUGCUAACGGUGAGAUUGCGUUCAGUGGAAUGCAACUCAGCCGACAAGGCUUCAGUGGUGCUCAAGUGCGCCAAGGAUUUGAUGCAACUCAAGCUCGAACUCCGCAAGCUGUGAAAACUGGCUAUUUUGAUACGUCAAAUGUCUUUCACGAUGCUAUCAAGGGAAAGGAUGAGUAUGGCAAUGAUGUCUAUCCUAUUCCAUGUCCUGCUGGUACGACAAAUGUCGAACUUCAAUCGGACUGGCACUACGCUAGUGAAAAUGAAGAUUUGCCUGAUCUUGCUACUGAAGCAGAUCGAGGUCUGCAGUUUAUUCAAAGCCACAGAAAGGAAAGAGAUCCAUUUGGGUUGUACAAUCAUGUCAUCAUGGACAGUGGUUGUAUUGCACUUCUCGCUUCCAUCGCAGCCUUGACUUGUCUUGGAGUUAAUCCUUCCUUGUUCUUUCGAACGGUUGCCAUCUUGGAGGUCAUCUCGAGUCCAGCAUAUCCAUUCUGUUUGUUUGAAGAAAGUUCGAAAUGGGCAUUGUCAGCAUCAGUAUCCAUAGUAAUUGACCCGACUGCAGCUGGAGACCACGAGCCUACCGCUGAGCAAAACAAUAGGGCGUUGAAAAAAAGAGUCAGAGUAGCUCUUGCACAAUUACCCUACAAAGUGGUUCCAAAAGUGAUCACUGAAUGUCUUGGACGUCGAGCCGCCGAGCUAUUGAAUGUCUUUCCCCAGAAAGACAGUAUCUCAUCACAUUUCAGUCCGCAGCAACUCAUUGAUAAUGUCAAUAUCAACUACAAGAGUGACAUGGUUGCUGAACUUGGACAAUAUGUUCAUGCAAUUGGGACGGAUUCCAACAAUUCGAUGGAACCCCGAAGUAUCGAAGCAAUUUACAUUGAACCUACAAAGGGACAACGUACUGGGCACCAAGUGCUCAACCUCAAUACUAAGAAGAUGAUUUCCCGACCCAAGGUUGUUGUACUACCCGUUACCGAUCAAGUAAUCCAGCGUGUUGAAGCUUGGGCUGCUGCCGAAGGUGUUACUUCCAUGAAGUUCUUUGAUAAGAAGAGAGAUUUGGAGACAUUUCAAGAUGGCAAUCAAAUUGCAGGAGUGGAUGACACGGAACAAGGUUACUUAGAAGAAGCCUUUGAUCAGGACUAUGAACCUGAAGAUGAAGAUGAACGUGAUUUCAAUCUACGUGGACAAUUCAAUGAUAUCAAUGACUCCGAAAGAGAAGAGCUCUUGGCAGAUGCAGACAAUGAUGUCGAUGAUAUGCCGGAACUCACUGUCAGAUUCCAAGGGGAUGAUGACUAUGAGUCAGACGACGAUUCGGGUGAUGAAGGCGAUGAAGAGGAAGAACCUAUUGUGGCCAAUUUGGAUCACCAUCAAGAAGAUGUCGAUAGAGGGACCGAUGAUAUUGGGAGCCUUGUUACUGAUCUGGAGGACCUACAAGAGCCGCCAGAAGAAGAGAUUGUAUUUGAGCCUGAAGAGCCUCAAGUAGCAAAAGUCACUUGA